UCAGAUGUCAGCACUAUGCGGGUUAACUUCGCCUUUUAGAGUUUGUUGUUUGCACCAUAGUUUUAACGCAAAUUUAAAAAAAUAAUGGGCAACUCAGUUCAAAAACUGGUUGUCUGGGAUCCGUUUCCAGAAUCGCUGGCACCACCGAACUUUGAUCCACAAUUGGGAUUUCCUGCUCAACGGAAGAAAAGAGUUUCAUUAGCGAGCGAAGAAGACAUGGUAGCAGCAAAAAUUCCUCAGAUGUACAGAGAUUAUUGCGCUCAUCUCUAUAUAGACUACGCCCGUUGUUUCCAAAAAGAAUUUCCUAUGGUGCAACGGUGUAAAAAAGAAGUACAUCAUCAUCAGCAGUGCGAAUACGAAGACUUCGUUUUGAGAAUGAAAGAAUACGAAAGAGAACGCAGGCUCCUCAUCAGACAAAAGAGAAUGCAGGCAGCAGCAGCUUAGAUCCGAUACUUAUCUGAGCUUGUUUAAAUCUAGAAUAAAUUGUAAAAUAAUAAUCGUAAUAAAACAUUUAAGGUGUAUGCUAAUAAAAAAACUGUAAAUACUCCUAC